AUCUCCACACAAAAAGGGCUUCACUCAGCACUCAAAUCAGUUACCGUUCUCCUUAACUGCUCUUACUAAAUCUCGACACUUCAGUCUUCACCGUUAUGAAUACUACUUCUCCACCAUAUUCCGACCCUCACCCGCUCGUAUGCAAUUGGGAUUCCCUGAAUUUGCCUGAUUCUGAUGGAGGCAGCGAAGAGUUGAUGCUGGCCUCCACACACCCGAAGAAGCGGGCUGGGAGGAAGAAGUUUCGGGAGACGCGGCACCCUGUGUACCGCGGCGUGCGGCGGAGGAACUCCGGGAAGUGGGUAUGCGAGGUGAGGGAGCCCAACAAGACGUCCAGGAUAUGGCUGGGGACGUUUCCGACGGCGGAGAUGGCUGCGCGCGCGCACGACGUGGCGGCAUUGGCGCUGAGGGGACGUGGGGCUUGCCUCAAUUUUGCGGACUCUGCGUGGCGGCUGCAUGUGCCUAGCUCCCGCGACGCCAAGGACAUUCAGAAGGCGGCAGCGGAGGCGGCGGAGGCGUUUAGGCCAAUGGAGAAUGAUGGGGUUAUGCAAGAUGAGAGGAGGGAAGAGAGUGAGGUGAGGACGCCGGAUAAUGUGUUUGUUAUGGAUGAGGAGGACGUUUUUGGAAUGCCGGGUCUGCUGGUGAAUAUGGCUGAGGGUCUGCUGAUGCCUCCGCCGCAUAGCGUGGCGGAUGGCUACGGUGGAGAUGACAUGGCGGCGGAUGCUGACAUGUCGUUAUGGAGUUACUCUAUUUAGUAAUUAGUCUAAAGAAACAGAGGGUAGGUGGGAGUUUAGUAGAAUUAACUAUUAGCCCGUACUUCAUUUUUUGGCCAGUACGGAGAUAUUAAUAUGUAAGAAAAAGUAAGAGAAAAUCCCAAAAGUGGGAGGUAAAUCCGGUGGUUGGUACGUGGCGGUUGGCAUGAAGGGAUCAAAUGGACCAUUCCCUAAUAAUAUCGCCAGCGAGUGUGUGGAAAGCUACGGAAAGAGCUUGUUUCAGCUUUUAAUGCCUUGUGGUUUGGAUGCAGAUAAAGAGAGUGGUUUUGAUAAAAUGCUUUGCUAUGUAAUUAAAUAAGCAAAGUCAUAAUGUAAUCUAAAUGGUAUUGAAUGGAAUGGAAGUGAAUCCAA